AUGGCGGUCACAAAGCGCGCCGGGCGCAAGAAGGACGCCGCCCAUGCCCAGCCCCAGGCGUCUGGCGGUCAACCACAGAUCCGCAAAGCAGCCUACGAGACGACCAAGAAGAAAGAGGUGGGCGUGUCCGAUCUGACGCUGAUCAGCAAGAUCUCCAACGAGGCCAUCAACGACAACCUGAAGAAGCGAUUCGAGAAUGCCGAGAUCUACACCUACAUCGGCCACGUGCUGGUCUCGGUCAACCCGUUCCGCGAUCUGGGCAUAUACACCGACCAGGUGCUGCACAGCUACCAGGGCAAGAACCGCUUGGAAAUGCCCCCGCACGUCUUCGCCAUCGCCGAGAGCGCAUACUACAACAUGAAGGCUUAUCAUGAGAACCAAUGCGUGAUCAUCUCGGGCGAGUCAGGUGCAGGAAAGACCGAGGCGGCGAAGCGCAUUAUGCAGUACAUCGCAAAUGUGUCGGGCGGGCGAGACUCGAGCGUCGACAAGAUCAAGGACAUGGUGCUGGCAACCAACCCACUCCUCGAAUCCUUCGGCAAUGCCAAGACGCUGCGAAACAACAACUCGUCGCGAUUCGGCAAGUACCUGGAGAUACAGUUCAAUGCGCAAGGAGAGCCAGUGGGUGCAAACAUCAACAACUAUCUCCUGGAAAAGAGCAGAGUGGUGGGCCAGAUUCGAGACGAGCGAAACUUCCACAUCUUCUACCAGUUCACAAAGGCGGCGAGUCAAGAGCACAGGACAAACUUCGGCGUCCAGCAGCCCACGACGUACUCAUACACCAGCAAGAGCAAGUGUUACGAUGUGGCGGGCAUUGAUGAUACGGCCGAUUUCAAGGACACCAUCAACGCCAUGAGCGUCAUUGGGAUGACCAAGGCCGAGCAGGACGACAUCUUCAGGAUGCUGGCUGCGAUUCUAUGGAUUGGAAAUGUCUCGUUUGGAGAGGACGAGCAGGGCAACGCCGCCGUUCGAGAUCAAUCGGUCAUUGAUUUUGUUGCGUAUUUGCUGGAAGUCGACAAUGCGCAUGUCAACAAGGCCCUGACUACUCGAAUCAUUGAGACGAGCCGAGGCGGACGACGUGGCUCUGUAUACGACUCUCCCAUGAACAUUGCACAGGCGACUGCGGUGCGAGAUGCACUGAGCAAGGCCAUAUACACCAACAUGUUCGACUGGAUCGUGCAGCGCGUGAACCAGGCGUUGAAAGCGCGAGGAUCGAUAGCGCAAAGCAUCGGAAUUCUGGAUAUCUACGGAUUCGAGAUUUUCGAGAAGAAUUCCUUCGAGCAGCUUUGCAUCAACUACGUCAACGAGAAGUUGCAGCAGAUCUUCAUUCAGUUGACUUUGAAGACGGAGCAGGAGGAGUAUGCAAGAGAACAGAUCCAGUGGACGCCGAUCAAGUACUUUGACAACAAGGUGGUGUGCGAAUUGAUCGAGGAGAAGCGACCGCCUGGUGUUUUCGCUGCUCUGAAUGAUGCUUGCGCAACCGCACAUGCCGAUCCAACUGCAGCAGAUCAGACUUUUGUGCAAAGAUUGAAUGCACUUUCGGGAAAUCCCAACUUUGCACCAAGACAGGGCCAGUUUGUCAUCAAGCACUACGCUGGUGACGUGAGCUACGCAGUCGAGGGCAUGACAGACAAGAACAAGGACCAGCUUUUGAAAGAUCUCCUCAAUCUUGUCGGACAAAGUUCGAACAACUUUGUGCAUACCUUGUUCCCGCAUGAGGUUGACCAGGAUAACCGACGAAGGCCACCAACGGCUGGCGACAAGAUCAAGGCGUCUGCGAACGAUCUCGUAAACACUUUGAUGAAGUGCACGCCGAGCUACAUUCGAACGAUCAAGCCCAACGAGAACAAGAGCCCGACCGAAUACAACUCGCCGAACGUGAUGCAUCAGAUCAAGUACCUCGGUUUGCAGGAGAACGUACGAAUUCGGCGCGCUGGAUUCGCCUAUCGACAGACAUUCGAGAAAUUCGUGGAACGGUUUUACCUACUUUCACCGAAAUGUAGUUAUGCUGGCGAGUACACCUGGACGGGCGACGCCAAGUCUGGAGUCAAGCAGAUCUUGAAGGAUACUUCGAUCCCGGCAGAGGAGUGGCAGAUGGGUGUGACGAAGGCAUUCAUCAAAACUCCAGAAACUCUUUUUGCGCUGGAGACGAUGCGAGACCGAUACUGGCACAAUAUGGCCAUUCGUAUCCAGCGAGCUUGGCGUAACUACUUGAGAUAUCGUGCAGAGUGUGCCACUCGAAUCCAGCGCUUCUGGCGAAAGAAGAACGGUGGCGAAGAGUUCAUGGUGCUCAGAGACCAAGGACACCAAGUACUUCAGGGCCGAAAAGAACGACGCAGGUUUUCACUCGUCGGAUAUCGUCGAUUCUUGGGCGACUACCUUGGUAUCGACAACAAGGGCGGCACAGGCGAGCUGCUGCGCAACAGUGCUGGUAUUGGCCCCGGCGACAAGACAUACUUUUCAUGCAGAGCUGAAGUCUUGGUCUCGAAGCUUGGCCGAUCAAGUAAACCCGAGGCCCGAUUUCUGGUCCUCACGAACCGAAGCGUAUACAUCAUCAAGCAGGCCAUGGUCAACAAGCAGGUGCAAAUCUUCUCUGAAAGAACAAUACCUGUCGGAUCGAUCAAGUUUGUCAGCUGCAGCACGCUCAAGGAUGACUGGUUUUCGCUGGGGGUCGGCAGCCCACAAGAACCAGACCCGCUGAUCAACUGUAUCUUCAAGACCGAAUUCUUCACUCAGCUCAAGCAGGUCACACGAGGAGCGACGCAGCUGCAGAUUGGCGAGACUCUCUCGUACAACAAGAAGCCUGGCAAACCUGCGACUAUCAAAGCGGUCAGGGAUCCGGCCGUGCCCAGGGAUGAUGUUUACAAGAGUGGACAAAUCCAUACCGGCCCGGGUGAGCCGCCGAACUCGAUCAGCAAGAAAACACCGAAGGGUCGAAGUGUUCCUGGGAAAGCCAUCACAAGCGGCAAGCUGCUCAAGAAGAGCACUGGCGGCAAGCUUUCGCAACAAGCAGCACAAAGGAGGCCCAUCCCUCAAUCUCAGCCUCUACCGGGAUCGAACGCUCAGCCUGCACAACAGAGAAUUGUGCCACAACCUGCCAUUCCUCAACCAGCUGUUCAACAACCGCAAGCAGUACCUCAGCCAGUCGCGGCACUCUCGAAUGGGACAUCACAUGCACGAAACGCAUCCUCAUCAUCUGCACGUGCCCCACCGCCUCCACCGCCGCCGCCUGCCGCAGCUGCGCCGCCUAAAGAUCCACAGUACAAAGCAUUGUAUGACUUCCAAGGUCAGACCGGCGGCGAAAUGAGCCUGACUCAGGGUGAGGUAAUUGUCAUCACCCAGAAAGAAAAUAACGGCUGGUGGCUCGGCCGCCGAAUGGACCACUCUGCCUCUGGCUGGACUCCCGCCGCAUACCUUGAAGAAGUCAAGCAAGCGCCCGCGCCCCCGCCCGUGCAAUCGCGACCACCUCCACCACCCGCACCGGCAGCGAACGGCGCCGCAAAGGGCAAAGUAGCACCAGCACCGCCAGCAAAACGUCCAGCAGGUCGCAAGCCAGCACCCGCACCCGGCACGCCGAGGGAUAGUGGAUAUUCGAAUGGGGCGAAUGGAGCGAAUGGAGGAGGUAGUGGGACAGCGACACCGACAGGAGGAAAUCCGGGACUCGCGGGUGGACUCGCAGCUGCUUUGAAAGCCAGGUCACAGGCUAUGAAUCGAGAUGAACAGAAAGACGAUGAUUGGUGA